CCUCAACCCGGCUCUCAGCUCCUACAGCCUCCUUCGCAGGCAUCUUAUACCUCAUUUGCCAGCUGGCUUACCUGCUAUUAGAGUGAUGUGAAGCUGGGUCAUGCUCUAUGCUUGCCCUGAAGGCGUCGGCAUCAACUAUAGACUCCUGAAGGACGCAGAUUUCAGAGCUUUUACGUGGAACAUUGUGAAUAAGGGGCCGCAGGCCUUGGGGGCCUAAUGGCUGGGAGAAGUACAUCGGACACGAACUGCUGUGUCGCGCGUUAGAUGCUGAUCAUCUCGAAAUGGUGGCACCGGGGGCGGGUGCAUUUGCUUUCGUGGUGCCAUGGAAGAGAGCUUUUAGGGUCUACGAAGUAGGAAGGCAGUUCAGAAACGAGAGCAUCGACCUCACGCACAGCCUAGAGUUCCCCACUGGCGAGUUCUAUCACGCAUACGCGGACUACAACGACCUAAUGGAUCUAACGGAGGACCUCAUAACAAGCAUGGUUAAGUACAUCGUAGUGCUACGAGACCACCUACCACACCCAAGCUGGUGACAUCUAUACCAUCAACUGGAAGGGGCCCUGGAAGCGGAUAGAUAUGAUCCCUGCGCUAGAAGAAGCCUGCGGCGAGAAGUUUCCCUCCAGAAGCGAACUUCAUACCCCGGAAACCGGAGAAUUUCUCAAGCCGAUACUAAAGAAGAUGAACAUGGAGUGCUCACCCCGCUGACCAAUGUCCGGAUGCUGGAUAAGCUGGUCGGCGAAUUUAUUGAGGCGUGCAUCAAC